AAUUAAACAAGUUUCAUCAGAACUCUAAAGUGAUGUCUAAAGAAUAUAUCCUUAACUCAGCUUUAAAAGGAAAAAGCAAGAAGAGAAAAUCUUCCUGCGGGUUUGGUCUCCCUAAAAUGGUCAGAAUUGUCGACCCAGAGCCUUAUUUCCAAAGUAGUCGGAGUAGCUCUGCAGACAGUCAUGGCAAAGAAAAUAAUAACAAAGAGAGGCUCCAAAAGGGCAUUAAAAACAAAGUCUAUGCCGACCAGCCUAGUGAUUUGCUCGAAGGAAUCUCAGACAUGUUUGUCUAUGCUGAUCUGAGCUGUAAUUUUGCGAAAAACAAUAAGAAAAUCGGCUGGGAUGUUCUAUCAAACUCGAUUUUGAACAAGCUUCAUCCGGGAAAUGCAAUUUUUACCCAACAACUUUCCAAAAUGAAACUUGCGAAGGAAAACUUCAACAUUGAAACUAAGGAGAAAAAGGUCAGGAGGAAAUCUAAAACUCUUGCUUCCAAAUCUUCAUUCUCAACGAAUAAAAUUCCUGAUCUAAGCACUUUGAAUGAAUGCCAGAGUGGCAUUGCGAAGGAAGUCUGAAAAUUGAAUGAUAAUUUUAAGAAGACAACUGAAAACUUUCAUAAUAUGCCCUGCAAAGAGAAGACUCUCAAGAGACCUGCAGGCGGUAGAAUUUAUGGACACAUAAAGUCAAGAUACAAGCUCGCUCUUGCAAAGGUCAGAAAUGGGAAAGACACUAAAUAAGAGAUUAAGAAGAUUCACCAGGAAUGGAAGAAGGGUAAGACCUUCUUCAGCUUGCUCCAGUCCUACUAAACUCGGAAGAUCCUACGACUCUAUACAAGAUGCUCAGUGCUCAGAAGUAGACGAUACCUUCACCAUAACUAAAAUAGGAGUUGAUGAACAUGUGCCAAUGCGGGAGGUUAGAGAUUACUCUAAUAUUGGAGGAAAUACCUCGCAGAACCAAAUUUGAAAUACCACUACAAAAAGUCAGGAAAAAGGAUCUCUAAAACGUAGAAACUUAGCUAAAUUCUAUCCCCAAAAUUCAGCUCUCCAGAAGCCAAAAUCCCAGACAGAAAAGAAAAGAAGGAUCAGGAGAAGACUCAAAAGCGUGGGUGGGAAAAGGCUGGAAUUUGACUACUCAACUCUUGUAAAAAGAAAGAAUCAGCCUUAUUCAUACUUUCAAUCUUAUAUUUAG